UUAGCAGCAAAAAGACUGGAAAGUGGAAGCUUAUCGUCCUACUUAUACCACCUCAUUCGCCGUGGCCAUAUUGUCUUCCGACCAAUUAUAAAAAGCGUUCGAAAUAUCCGAAUAAUUCCAAAAUCAAAGUUGUAAGUAGAGAAUGGAAUCGAGAUUAGCGGCUAUCACCGCAAGGAUGGCUCUCCGAUUCUUUACCGGCGUGCCCCGCCACCAAUCCCUCCGACGGGGACUGGCCACCGUUUUCCCAACUCGUCGCACCGCCGACCCUCACUCCGGCGAACCUGAAGGAAUUGACGCAGAGGAGGCGAAGGCUGAAGCUGCAGAGAAGCAAACGGAGCAGAAGCCCAGCAGAGAGAACCAGCCGUUUGUCAGUCCAAAGCCGCCAUAUGCGUCUUCCCCACAACUCGAGAGCACCGCAGUGAACCAACCAUUAGAUCCCAACACCCAACAAAAGCGCCGUCAAAAUACCAAAACUGCAGCAGAGGAGGUGAGCUGCGCAGGCUUGGACGGGACGCCAUGGCCAGACGAUGGAGAAACGGGGCUGAGCAGAGAACAGGAGGAGGAUAACAAGGAGUAUUUCAGCCACCACAAGGCGUCGCCGUUGUCGGAGAUUGAGGUGGCGGACACCAGGAAGCCCAUCACGAAAGCCACCGAUGGGACGGCGGAUUCCAACAUGGGCUAUUUUGGCGGCGGCGGCGACGUUGUGCUAUGGAGGGAGGAGCAACUGGACUCGGCAGAGGACUCGCUUCGGAGGGCUGUGGAGAUAUGGAGACAGGCAGCGAUGAGGGGCGAUCCCGACUCCCCCCACGGCAGGGUUCUCCGGGAGCUUCGCGGUGAGAAUUGGUGACCGACGUUUUGCUGUAGUUUGUAAUCGGAAAUUUCUGAAGUUUCAUGGAACAUUAAACAAAAAUGCGAUUGUGAAAUUUGUAUAAUUUCAUGCUUAGAUUAGAUACUGUAAAAGUAAAUGUGUAACUGAAUUAACCGAUAAUAAAAAUGUCAAUAGUCUU